AUGUCUGAAAUCAGAUUCAGCGACCUCACUUGGGAACAGAUUGUCACCCUGGAUCAAGUGUUAGAUGAAGUGAUUCCGAUUCACGGACGGGGGCAUUUCCCGACACUGGAGGUAAAACCAAAAGAUAUUAUUUAUGUUGUGAAAGAUCAGCUCAUAGAGCAAGGCAUUCUUGUUAGAGAUAGCCGAUUGAAUGGUUCCACGGCAAGUUACGUACUUUCAAGCGGUAAUGGAAUCAGUUAUAAGGAUCUAGACAUUAUUUUUCGUGUUCAGCUUCCAACUGAUCAUGAUUUUCAGGUGGUAAAGGAUGCAGUUCUUGGUUGUUUACUUGAUUUUUUGCCAAAAGGUGUAAAAAAGGAUAAGAUUACUCUAAAGACCAUGAAAGAGGCAUAUGUGCAAAAGAUGGUCAAAGUUUGCAAUAAGCAUGAUCGUUGGAGUCUCAUCUCCCUUUCAAAUAAUACUGGGAAGAAUGUAGAGCUAAAAUUUGUGAAUUCACUGAGACGGCAAUUUGAAUUUAGCGUAGAUUCCUUUCAGAUUAUUUUGGAUACCAUGUUAGAGUUCUACGGUGACAAAAAAGUUAAGCUAACCAAAGAAUGCUGUCCUGAAGUAGUAGCUGAAAGCAUGUAUGGAGAUUUUAAAGAAGCAAUGACACAUUUGCAGAAUAAGCUUAUAGCUACCAGAAAACCCGAAGAGAUUAGAGGUGGUGGCCUUUUGAAGUAUAGUAACUUGCUGGUUCGUGAUUUCAAGCCAGCUUGUGAGGCAGAAAUCAAAACCCUUGAGCGUUACAUGUGCUCUAGAUUCUUUAUUGAUUUUCCUGAUGUUGCUGAACAGCAAAAGAAAAUUGAGUCUUACCUCCGCAACCAUUUUAUAGGUGAAGAAAAGAGCAAGUAUGACUAUCUUAUGACGUUGCGCAGUGUUGUAAAUGAGAGCACUGUUUGCCUCAUGGGUCAUGAAAGAAGACAAACUCUCAAUAUGAUCACCAUUAUGGCUUUAAAAGUGCUUGGAGAGCAGAAUAUUUUACCCAAUACAAACAACGUAACUUGCUUUUACCAGCCUGCCCCAUACUUUGCUGCUGAAGGAGCAUAUCCUACUUAUUUUGUAACAUCUGGGCCACCACCCAUUUUUUUCCAGCCAUACCAACAACAGCAGUAUCAGGGGCCAAAUAGUAUGAUUUAA